GCUCUAAUCCAGAGAGACAAGGCUGGAGCGACUGGUGGAUUCAGAGACUGUCAGGGAACUAACAGAAUAGAAAAUAAAUACAUCCCAGCUGUAACAGCGGACGCCGAGUCUCCCACAUCCAGGCGAGACUAUGGAGCGAGGAGACGGCUUGCUGCGGCGGCAACUGGUGCCAGUGCGCUGAGUCCUUUUGUUUGAGCGGUUUUUUUUUUUUUUGCACUCAAGUGCUAAAGUAAGCGGCGUUAGUGGAGAGAGAGAAAGAGACACUCACCUCAGGCGGCGACGUGGAUGGUUCGGCUUCCCUGGAUCCUGCAGAGAUGAGCAGGAUAUUAAGGAGAGAUGUGCCACAGCAGGCCCACCUCAACCCCUCCUUGGCAGGUGGAGCUGUACCUGGAACAGAGUUCACUGCAACACCGGCUGGUCCUAACUUCUCCUGGCUUUCUGAUGCCCCUGUGACAGCAGUGGGGCAGCCCAUCUUCCUGAUGACCACAUCAGCACAGGCAAUUUCUGGCUUCUUUGUUUGGACGGCGUUGCUUAUCACUUGCCACCAAAUAUACAUGCACCUGCGCUACUACAGCUCCCCCAAUGAGCAGCGUUACAUUGUGAGGAUCCUCUUCAUUGUGCCUAUCUACGCUUUUGAUUCCUGGCUUAGUUUACUAUUCUUCACCAAUGACCAGUACUAUGUCUACUUUGACACAGUGAGGGACUGCUAUGAGGCAUUUGUCAUCUACAAUUUCCUGAGCUUGUGCUACGAAUUCCUUGGAGGAGAAAGCUCCAUCAUGUCAGAAAUCCGAGGAAAGCCCAUUGAGUCCAGCUGCAUGUAUGGAACAUGCUGUUUGUGGGGCAAGACCUACUCAAUUGGGUUUCUUCGCUUCUGCAAACAGGCCACACUGCAGUUCUGUGUUGUUAAACCCCUGAUGGCAAUGAUUACUGUGAUUCUACAGGCUUUUGGGAAGUACAGAGAUGGAGACUUCAACGUGGCCAGUGGAUACCUCUAUAUCACCAUCAUUUACAACAUCUCAGUCAGUCUUGCACUGUAUGCCCUGUUCCUCUUUUACUUCGCCACACGAGAGCUACUUAGCUCUUACAGUCCAGUGCUCAAGUUCUUCAUGGUCAAAUCAGUCAUUUUCCUCUCCUUCUGGCAAGGAAUGCUUCUUGCCAUUCUGGAGAAAUGUGGUGCCAUUCCCAAAAUCAGCUCUGCUGAGGUAUCGGUUGGUGAAGGCACUGUUGCUGCUGGAUACCAGAACUUCAUAAUCUGCAUUGAGAUGUUCUUUGCUGCCAUUGCCCUGCGUUAUGCUUUCACGUACAAAGUAUAUGUAGACAAAAGGCUUGAUGCUCACGUCCCUACUUAUGGGCCCUAUGGCCGCUGUGCCCCGAUGAAGAGCAUCUCCAGCAGCCUCAAAGAGACUAUGAACCCUGGAGACAUUGUUCAAGAUGCUAUCCACAACUUCUCACCAGCCUACCAGCAGUACACACAGCAGUCCACACUUGAGCAGGGCCCCACCUGGCAACGUAAUGGGCAUGCUGUCUCCAGGACCCACAGUGUCGCUAGCCUGCGUGACACUGAGAAGACACUGCUGCUUAGCUCCGAUGAUGAAUUCUGAGUGUCCUCAACUGCCUUCCACUUUUUUUUUCUUUCUUUUUUUCCCCCCCAUCUUUGCAACUUGCUCUCUUCUUUUUGUGGGGGGCCACUUGUGCAUGUUGGGUAGUGAGACCUCUCAGAUCCAAGUCUUGCUUGGUUAACCUCUGUGACUAAGGACCCUCGUUUCCCAGGAUAUAUUAUGUAAGGUGAUGCGACCUAACGCAGGGGCAAGCAAAAUGGCUUUCUUGUAGGGAUGCCGAGUUUUUAUCUGCGUGCUUUUUUUCCCCUUCCCCUCUUAAAAUUGAAGUGAUUGAAGUGAAAGACUUUCUGGUGACAAAAGCUGCUUUAUAAAAGUUGAAUGCUAUCAUCCACUUCCUAAACGUCUCGUCCUGUUGAGGCUUAUUAAGAAUAUAAAUACGAACUGUGAAGAAUUCUUAAUUUAAAAUGAAGAAUGCCAGUCGAUUAAGCCUUGUCUGUUGAGUUUGUCUACCAUUUUUAAAUGCUUUUUAGUUCAGUGUUUGACUGCAACACCAUAUAAGCCCCACUUUUCCUUAUGCUCACUAUGCAUAUGUCUUGGUUGUACACCUUCAUGCCAGUCCCGGGAGUGGGCAGGGCCAUUUUAAUGUGAAGUAUAUUGAGCAGAAAAUACAGCUUCCCCAUUAGUCUUGUCACAGUUCUGAGCUGUGUCCUUUCCACAGCAGUUGGUGUCAGAUUCAAGUGGACACGGCUUAGCCAUUGGUGUUUGGAGGUUUACUGUUUUCAUAUUGUCUGAACCUUACUAGGAGCUGUAGCUGCACUGUGAGAUGUGAAGUUUUAUCUUCCUACGCAAGUCCUCAGGUACCUGAACUAGCGCCAGAUAUCUUUGACAUAAGAAAUAAUUAGCUCAGUUACUUAAGAUAGAUUGCCAAUCGAGGCACAUUGCAUUUGCAAGAAAGAAACCCUCAAAUUCGCCAAGUGGCUUUUCUUGGCCUUAAUCCAUAUGGUAGCCAGGAAAAUCUGUUACUAACACCCAGCCAUAUUAGCUAUCUGAGCAUAUUUUUAAUGUUCUUUUGCGCAAUUGUAUAGAAAAGUUGUGGCCCUGAAAUACUAUGUAAAUAUUUUAAAAAUAGCAAGUUAUGAAAUUAAGUAACUUAUUUGCAAAGGAGCCCAGUUUAGUUUCAGGGAAUAUUACAGCCUUCUAAUGUUUGUGGAAAUGCACAUAAUUCAUGAUGGUUUCUGUAAUUAUAAUUAGUAUUUUUUCCCUCCUGUCAAUAGGAGCCUCAUUUUCAGAAUGCCAUCCAUUUUAGUGCUUGCAGGUGACAUUCAUCUUUUAAGUCGCCAGCACAGUAGCCUUAAUCAAGAAGGCAUAAAAUGAUUCUGAAUGCUCGGUGCAGACGUGAAAAAUAAAUGCAUGCAUCAUGAGUUGAUACAUCUUUGCAUUUGAGAGAGACGUUUUCAUAGAAGAUUGCUUUCAAUUUAAUCUCCAAGUAAGACUUGUGCAGACUGCAGUGUGGCACUUUCCUUUUGAUCUACUUGCAGUACCUGAACUAGUCCAAAAGAAAAAAACAAAAUGAUGUCACCUGGGACUGUAUGUGCCUCCUUUCUGACUCUGCCAAAAUCACUCCCCCAAGCCCCAUGAACCAAUGCUGCCUGUACUAGAGUGCUAAUGAAAAGAAAAGCCAAACAAUCCCCAGUUUGUAGUUACAAGUGUGUGCAUGUUUUAUAUUUUAGUGUGGAAAAUACUUGUUUGUGCAAUUUGUAUUGAAGAAAGGAGCAACUUAUGGUAACACUAGCACCCCUUCCUACUGUCUUUCAGUGUGGCUAAGCUACACUUAAAUGGCUGCAGGCAGUGACAGUGAUUUGGUCGCUUUUGCACUUAGCACCUACCGUCAAGCUGACAAACCCACCCCAUUUUUUUCACCUUUAUUCUCCAGGGGCUGCUAUAUUUUAUUUAUUUUUUUCUUAUUUUUCCCUCUGUUUGGCCUUCAGAUGGGUUCUCUUAGUCUAUAAAGAUCAUAUGUGUUGCUACUGAAGGUGCCAAGGGCCCCCCGGGUAGUUGACCACACAUUAACAGGAAGUAGCCAAUUGUCUCAUUCCUCUGUCACGGACAUCAUUUGUCUGUAGCAGCUGCCCACAGAGUCCUUUGCUGUGGCAUGUGCUUCAGCAUCUGCUGCAAGGUGGGGAUAUCGUCGUCAUUGUCAUUGUAGUUAUUGUUAUUAUUAUUAUUAUAAUUAUUAUGAAACCAAUUUGCUCCCAGCUGCCCUCCAUUUCAAAACAGAGGCAGUAACUCUGACCCAGAAAAUGUGUACAAUACUUGUGUAUUUUAUUAUGAAGAAAUAGGAAUCUGUAUGUAAAUAUUGGAAUAAUGUAUGAUAUCUCAGAGAUACAAACACCUAGUUUUGUACUGUCAUUGUACUUAUGUACUUUUUUUUUCUUUUCUUGUAUAUCAACAUAAAGCUUCAGAGAAUCUGCUUAUAUUUUCGUCAUUGAUGUCAUGAACGGGUCAAAAUAAACAUGAUAGAUUGUC